UUGCUUUUUAUUUUUGGCAUUGGUGUGAGGGCUGUGCUGGGUCAGAUACUGGGGUGCCCCUACUGUACUAGCAACAGCUCAGCUCCCCCACCUGACGGAGUAGCACGGCAUGAUGAGGGUCAGCCUGAGGGUCCUUCUGCCCGGCUUGAGAGACUGCUUGCUGCCUGCCCGGCACACAGCUCCUUGCAUCCAGCACCCCUGCAGAUCUGUCAGCACACAGGGAAAAGAAAAGCAGUCAAGCGUUUUGGAAAAAAGAUGGAAAGACACUGCCGAUACAGUGAUAAUUGGAGGAGGAUGUGUAGGAGUGAGUUUAGCCUAUCACCUUGCUAAGGCUGGUGUGAAAGAUGUUGUUCUUCUUGAGAAAUCCGAACUCACAGCUGGAUCCACAUGGCAUGCAGCUGGUUUAACCACAUAUUUUCAUCCUGGAAUAAAUUUGAAAAAAAUACAUUAUUACAGCAUCAAACUUUAUGAAGAUUUAGAAGAGGAAACUGGACAGGCUGUUGGGUUUCAUCAACCUGGUAGUAUUAGAAUUGCCUCAACUCCAGCAAGAGCAGAUGAAUUUAAGUACCAAAUGACACGUGCUCGUUGGCAUCAAAAUCCACAAUAUCUGAUUGGACCUGAAAAAGUGCAGGAGUUGUUCCCUUUACUGAAUAUGGAUAGGAUUCUUUCUGGUCUAUAUAAUCCUGGUGAUGGUCAUAUUGAUCCAUAUUCUUUGACAAUGGCUCUUGCAGCUGGAGCCAGGAAAUACGGUGCUCAGUUAUAUUUCCCUGCUGAAGUGACUAAAUUAACACCUAGAAAUGAUGGAACGUGGGAUAUAGACACUCCUCAAGGAACAAUUCAUGCUAAAAGGAUUGUCAAUGCUACAGGGUUCUGGGCUCGGGAAGUUGGAAAGCUAAUAGGGCUGGAGCACCCUCUCAUUCCUGUACAUCACCAGUAUGUUGUGACAGCAACUGUUCCUGAAGUAAAAGCUCUAAAAAAAGAACUACCUGUUCUCCGCGACCUUGAAGGAUCCUAUUAUUUAAGACAAGAGAGAGAUGGACUUUUAUUUGGCCCUUAUGAAAGUCCAGAAAAAAUGAAGCUACAAGACUCCUGGGUAACAGAGGGCGUUCCUCCAGGUUUUGGGAAGGAAUUGUUUGAGUCUGAUCUAGAUCGGAUUAUGGAGCAUGUGGAGGCUGCUAUGGAGAUGGUUCCUGUCCUAAAAAAGGCUGAUAUUAUCAAUAUAGUUUCCGGACCAAUAACAUACACUCCAGAUAUUCUACCCAUGGUUGGACCCCAUCAAGGUGUGCAAAAUUACUGGGUAGCUGUUGGCUUUGGAUAUGGCAUAAUCCAUGCAGGAGGUAUUGGCAAAUUCUUAAGUGACUGGAUUAUUGAAGGAGAACCUCCAUUUGAUCUUAUUGAAUUAGAUCCAAAUCGAUACGGAAAAUGGACCACAACCCAAUACACAGCACUGAAAGCAAGAGAAUCAUAUGGAUUCAACAACAUUGUUGGCUAUCCUAAAGAAGAAAGGUUUGCAGGAAGGCCAACAGAAAGAGUAAGUGGAGUCUAUGAAACACUCAAGACAAAAUGUUCAAUGGGAUUCCAUGCAGGAUGGGAACAACCUCAUUGGUUCUACAAACCAGGAGAUGACACUGGAUACAAACCUAGUUACCGAAGAACAAACUGGUUUGAACCGGUUAGGAGAGAGUAUAACCAAGUCAUGGAAAAAGUUGGAGUAAUUGACUUAACUCCAUUUGGCAAAUUUAGAGUCAAAGGCAAUGAUGCUGUUAAACUAUUGGACCACAUACUUGCAAAUGUCAUUCCAAAGGCUGGUUUUACAAAUAUUAGCCACAUGUUAACCCCAAGAGGUCGUGUGUAUGCUGAGCUCACAGUCUCUCAUGUGUCCCCAGGAGAGUUCUUGCUUGUCACUGGUUCAGGUUCUGAACUUCAUGACCUUAGAUGGAUAGAGCAGGCUGCAGUACAGUGCAAGUACGAUGUGGAGAUAGUAAAUGUGACAGAUGAUGUUGGGGUUCUUGGUGUAGCUGGACCUCUUUCAAGGAAAGUCCUACAGAAACUUGUAUCUGAAGACCUGAGUGAUGCUGCCUUUAAAUUCCUCCAGUCAAGAAGAAUCAACAUUGCUGGAAUCCCAGUUACAGCUAUAAGAAUAUCAUAUACAGGUGAGCUUGGCUGGGAGCUGUACCACAGCAGGGAAGACACAUCUGCUCUGUACAAUAGCAUCAUGGAAGCCGGUCAGGAAGAAGGAAUUGACAACUUUGGAACGUAUGCAAUGAACGCACUGAGGCUGGAAAAAGCAUUCCGUGCCUGGGGAGCAGAGAUGAACUGUGACACUAACCCUUUGGAAGCAGGACUCCAGAAUUUUAUAAAGUUGAAUAAGCCUACAGACUUUAUUGGCAAACAAGCUCUGAAGCAAAUAAAUGAAAAGGGGCUUCGGAGGAAACUUGUGUAUCUCACUGUGAAAACUGAUAAUGUUGAUCCUGAGGGAAAUGAAAGCGUCUGGUACAAAGGAAAGGUUGUUGGGAACACCACAUCUGGAACCUAUAGCUACAGCACCAAUCAGAGUCUGGCAUUUGCCUAUGUGCCCAUAGACCUCAGCGCAACAGGAAAGAAGCUGGAGGUUGAGCUUCUCGGUAAAAACUAUCCAGCUACAAUAGUUCAAGAACCACUGGUGUUCACCGAGCCCACUAGGAACCGUCUGCAAAAGAAAGAUGGCAGCAUUAAGGUGUAACUAGAACUACUACUCAUUACACAACCAACAACCAAGAAACUGUGAACGUUUAUUAGACUCCAAAUUUUAAAAUCUACCAUUACUUCUAUUUUUUAUCACCAAUCAGAAUGUUCUACUACUGUUAAUAGACUACAAAUGAAAUUAUAUUAGUGAUCAAGAAAAGAUAAAGGUUCACUAGCGGCUGAUGAUCUUUUCCCUAUUAUGCAUCUAGAAGCCUCCAAACAAUAAAAUUAUUUUGUAUAAUUUUGAUGAGCUUUAAAUAAAAAUAGUUAAAAUAUAAAAAAAAUUUAAA